GUCAUGUUUUUAGAAAACAGCUGAUACCUUGUCAAGCAAAAUAAUGAAGAAAAUUACGCAUUAAAACAACAAACAAUCAAUCAAAAUGAAAUUACUCUGAAGAUUGUGUUAUUAUCAUAGGGAGGAAUUUUCAAAUCUGUACAAUGAGUACGAAAUUGCCUAAAAAAACCCUUCACUUGAAGCAGUUCCUCCUUCGACAAGAAGUUCUCAAGCUCUACAGGGAUAUCUUCAGGACAUUAAGACAUGUCAAAGAUGAGGCUAACAAAGCUGAAAUGGCAGAUUGGGCCCGAAUUGACUUUAAGAAUAACAUGCACGAGACUGAUGAAGCUACUAUCAAGAACAUGCUUCACUAUGGAAAGAAGUCUUUGAAAGAUUUACAACAGUUGACAGGGUAUACAAAAAAAAGUUAGGAAAUUAAAAAAUUAGAAAUAGAAAUAGGUAACUAGAAUGGAGGUUAUAGUAAAUUUAAUAUAAUCUAGUUUUUUUUUCUUAUAAACGAUUCUUUCAAUUAGAAAAUUGUACAUAAUUAAUUUUAGUAAUAAAAUUGUAAUUGUAAAGGCCA